ACAAUUAACAAUCAAUAUCUCAACAAAAACACAAAAUACAUCAAAAUGAAAUUGUCAAUUGCUUUCGCUAUUGUAUUCGUUGCCGCUAUGGCAUACGCUGCACCUCAACGACCAUCCGACAAGGAUGCAGUCAUUGUUAAACAAGAAAAUACCAACAUUGGUGUCGGUCCAUGGAGUUGGGGAUUUGAAACAUCAGAUGGCACAGCUGCUCAAGAAGCUGGUGUAAUUGAAAAUGAAGGAACUGAUGAUGAAGCUAUUGCUGUCCGUGGAACUUACCAAUACGUAAAUUCCGAUGGUGAAUUAAUCCGUGUUUCAUGGAUUGCUGACCGUAAUGGUUUCCAACCUGACAAUUUACCAAAAGGUCCAUAAACAUUUUUUAACGUGAUUAUUUUCCUUUGUAUAUAUUGUACCAUGAACAAA